UAUACCGGUCACAUGAUAACAAAAUGGCAGAAGGACAAGGACAAGAUAGUGAUGACAAUUCGGACAAUUUUAACGACCAAAGUCAAGAUUUUCCGUUAAAUUUAAAUAACGGUCAAGUUAAUCUGGAGACAAUUGUUCAUGCAUAUACCAACGAGUAUGAGAACCUGGACACAACCCUCAAUGAAAUUGACAGCUGGAUGGACAAGUUGGAGGCACAAAAUGACAGCCUCAGUUCCCAACUGGAUGAACUUCUUGCUUCCAGCAAACAAGCAAGGAGAGAAAUUCAUGAAGAAUUGAGUGUUUCUCAGGCGGCAGCAAGAUUGGAUAUAGACCCACAAGAAACAACCUAUGAGCAAGCAGAUGCUUCAAUGGAAUCUGAUAAAGUGGACGGAGUAGAAGUGCCAUGUGCUAAAGACAAUGUAAAAGUAAACAGCGUCACCAACUCAGGGGCUGGUGAUAAAGGAUCAGAAAUUACUACAACUGCUGAUGAUUGUGUUCAAGAUGCACAAUGUGAUUCUGACGCUAAGUCAAAUUGAGAAAAAAAAGUACUUGUAGUUAGAUUGUGUUCAGUAAUAAUGUUCAGUAAUAAUUGUUCUGUAUUCAAGAUGACAGUGGCAACAAAUUCAGAGUGGGACCAAUGCAUAUAACUGGGCCGGUAAACUGAUUGUACAAAGGCAGUUUUGCAAGAAAUGCUGACUAUUGCCAGAGAUUGGAAGAGCUGAUGAAGCCCAAUGCUGACUAUUGCCAGAGAUUGGAAGAGCUGAUGAAGCCCAAUGCUGACUAUUGCCAGAGAUUGGAAGAGCUGAUGAAGCCCAAUGCUGACUAUUGCCAGAGAUUGGAAGAGCUGAUGAAGCCCAAUGCUGACUAUUGCCAGAGAUUGGAAGAGCUGAUGAAGCCCAAUCAGAUAGUUUUUCUAUUUUUGUCAAUAUCCAUUAACCUUCAGCCAAUUAGUAUUGUACGUAGAUAUAUAAUAACCAGGCAUUCUGGUUUAUUUUGAUAUUAAAAUUAAUGUGUUUCUGUUAUAUAUACUGUUUAGUGCAUUCUGCUGGUUGAGACUUAACAUUAAAGGUCAGAGCAGUGUUUAAACAUUAUUAUUUAACUUUCUUAGAACAAACAAAACAUUCUCCUAUCCUGGAAAUUUAGAGUGCCAAAGUCUAAAAGAAUAAUUAAGAUUUUUUUUAAUUCUUGUUUUAUUGACAGUGUGAAAGUUCAGCCUAAGUAAUUAUGUCAAUAUUCAAGCUGAUUUUCAAGACCGAGUAUAUUUUCUAAUUAUAUGUAUUACUUUUAUUUUGUAAUAUUCUCAUAUUUAUCUGAUUAGAACUUUAUCUAAUAUUGUCUCAAAAUUUACACAAAAUAUUCAUGGAUGUAUGUUGAAAUUUGUAGAAGUUCUAAUUAAAUUACAAAUAGUAAUUAAUUUGUAUCUAUCCAGUAGUCAUUACAAUUAUUAUUUUGUUGCCAUUUUUACAAAAUGUACACUGGUAUUUAACCCAGAGAAAUUAUUGUCUUUCGCUUAUAUCGGGUUAUUAAAGUAGAA